AUGACCCAAUCACCCCCCACCUCCAUCUCGGACCUCCAAACCCUCAUCCUCACCCAACCCCUCAUCGACAACCACGCCCACAACCUCCUCCGCAGCACACACACCUCCGCCGCCCCCCUCGAAUCCAUCACCACCGAAGCCUCCGGCCCCGCCCUCCACGACACACUGCACACCCUCUCGCAUCACCGCGCCGUCAAGCAGCUCUCCACCUGGCUCGGCUGCGACCCCACCUGGGCCGCCGUCAAGACCCACCGUGCAACCCUCGAUGAAAAUGAGUGGGCGAAAAAGUGCUUCGCCGGAACCCAAUGCAUCCUCAUGGACGACGGACUUGACGAAGACAGCGUCGAGCCCUUCGCGUGGCACGACCAGUUCACACCCAGCGGCACGCGCCGUAUAGUACGCAUCGAGAAGGUCGCAGAGACGAUCCUGCAGAAGUACUGCGGUGAGCUGCCGGAGGACCCGAAGGAGAUCUCGAGCGUGGGCCCAGAGAUCUUUAACAAGUGGGCGACCGAGUUCGCCGCGGUGAUGCGCGCCGCGCUGAAUGAUCCGAAGGUGGCAGGGUUCAAGUCAGUGGUGUGUUAUCGCAGUGGGCUUGACAUCUCGCCGGAGGAGACGCAGGCGGGGCCGUUGAUGGAUGCGUUUGCGGCGGUGCUGCGGAAGGCGAGGUGUGCGGCGGGGUCGGGGGGGUUUAGGAUUAGGGAGAAGGUGUUUAAUGAUUUUUUGGUGAGGGAGAUCUCGAGGAGCAUUACGCAGCAUGAGGAGAAGAAGCCGUUGCAGUUCCAUACGGGGCUCGGCGACAACGACAUUAACCUGCUAAAGGCGAAUCCUGCGCAUCUGCAAGCCUUUAUAAAAGCGUAUCCGGAGGUGCCGAUGGUGCUACUCCAUUCUGCAUAUCCUUAUACCCAAGAGGCUGGCUACCUUGCGUCUGUCUACAAGAAUGUCUACCUGGACUUUGGCGAAGUCUUCCCAAUGAUCUCGCAGGACGGGCAGAAGACUGUCAUAAAGCAGCUCUUUGAAUUAGCACCAACCAACAAGCUACUGUGGAGCACCGACGGGCACUGGUUCCCUGAAACUUUCGCCCUCGCAAACUCCCAGAUGCGCGAAGUCUUGAGCGAGGUAUUAGUAAAGCGCGUAAUAAAAGGGCAAAUUACCCUCGAGCAGGCCGCCGACAUCACCACGAAGCUCCUCUUCGACAACUCCAACACCCUCUACAAACUCAAUCUCACCCCCACCGACUCCACCUCCUACUUGCCCCUCGCCACCGACUCCGUCGCCUAUGCCCACCCCGAAGUCCACCUCCUCAACAAGUUCCUCUCCAAAAACCCCAAAGUGCGCUUCUUCCGUCUCGAAUGGCUCGACUACACCUCCACCCUGCGCCUACGCGUCGUCUCCGUCAAGCAGAUGAAUAAGAUGGUCGAGAAGCGCUCCUACCUCGAAGUCACCUCCGCAUCCCUCUCGAUCCUGCAGGACGACAGCCCCACAGACGACUUCAAGCACUGCGGCCAGCUCAUGGUCGUCCCCGACUGGUCCAGCCUGCGCAGCUGCGAGGGCUACGCUCCCGGCCAUGCCAGCGUCAUGUGCUUCCUCCGCGAUAAGCACCCCGACCACCCCGACGGCGCCGAAGUCGACAUCUGCCCGCGCACCGUACUCUCCAAAGCCGCGCACAGAGCCAAAGAUGACCACGGUGUCGACUUCCUCCUCGGCAUCGAGACCGAAGUAGUGUUCCUGCACCGCGACCCCGACGGGACCCACGACCUGGAACCAAUCAGCGGCGUACACGCAUGGAGUACCGGCCGCUCCCUACAAAACGAAAGUAUGGCCAUCCUCAUGGAGUGCGUGGAAGCGCUCGAAAGCAGCGGCGUCGAAGUCCUACUCUUCCACCCCGAGAGCGCCGACGGCCAGUACGAGAUCGUCACCGGCCCCCUUCCCCCGCUCGCAAGUAUCGACACGCUAUACCACACGCGCGAAACAAUCGUCCACAUCUGCGCCAAAUAUAAGAUACGUGCGACAUUCCACCCGAAGCCCUUUGCGACACGUGCAGGGACAGCUGCGCACGCGCACGUCUCGAUCUCGCCGCCGACGCGCGAGAACGAGGAGCAUUUCUUCGGGGGUGUGCUGGAGAGCUUGAGGGCGGUCGCGGCGCUCACGAUGCCCAAUAACGCGAGCUAUGAGAGACUGCUGGAUACGUGCUGGGCGGGCGGAACGUGGGUCGCGUGGGGCGACCAGAAUAAGGAGGUUCCGCUCAGGAGAUGCUCCAAAGAGGACGCGCACUGGGAGAUCAAGUGUAUCGAUGGUAUUGCAAACUUGUAUCUCACCAUGGCUGCUGUCAUCGGUGCUGGCUGUCUAGGGCUUAAGGCGAAGACCAAGCUUCCUGGCACGGGCGCAAAAGAUGACCCUUCGAAGAUGACCUCGCGUGAGCGAAACGGAUUGGGCAUCGUGAAGAAGCUGCCGAAAGAUCUAGGCGAGGCCCUCGACGCGCUCAAGGAGCACAAGAAGCUGAAGGAGUGGGUGGGCGUCGACGCGAUGGAGAAGUAUCUCAUCGUAAAGAAGGGCGAGAGGGCGCUCAUGGAGACGAUCCCAGCGGAGGAGAGGCGAGAGUGGAUGCUGGAGAGGUACUAG